GCCGUUUUCUUGUCGCUUUGUGCUCCUCGAGGACUCCUCUCCUCCUCCGCCUACGAACGGCUCCUGCUCUGGCCCUUCCCGCCCACCUCCGCUCUCCCCGCCGGCCUCACCUCACGCUGCCUCGCGGCGGGGCGGGGACGGUUAACGGCCGGCGGCGCGCGCGGUCUCCCAGCAACGCGGGAUGGCGGCGGGCGAGCAGGAGGCCCGCGACUACCUGCAGCGCCACCGGAUCCCCGAGCUGCUCCACCGCCUCGGCGCGCUGCUGCUCUACCACCGCCCCGAAAGACCACGCGAGUUCCUGAUCCGGAUGCUGGAAAGGGUGAAGGCUGGGAAACGAGCCGAGGGGGAGUACCCGUACCUCAUGGACGAGGCCAACCUGGCUGCCAUGUUCGGCUUGCUGGAUGUCGUAGGCCAAGGCCACAUAACACCAGCGCAGUACAGAGAAGCUCUUAAAACUUUGGGACUGAGCACUGAGGAUCUGCAGUUUGGAGAUGAUGUGAAUAUCAAACUGGAUGUAUUCAAGGAAGAAGUGAAGAAAAAGAUGCUGGAGAGCUGGGCUGUGUACUAGUUUGAGCAGUGGUCUGCUAUAUAUAUAUUAAAAAUAGGCACCUUGUUCAAUGCUUCCCGUUUGUCAGCUGUGGAUAGCUGAUUUUAAGCAGUACUCUCUUUUUCUCAUUCCCCUCCCUGCCCUAUUUGAGCAAUCGGCUAGAAAAUGACAAGAACUUGUUCAUGUUUACCAGGCACUGGAGGUCUAUCUUUUGAGAAUUGCUUUUCUUAAUACAAUUAGAUGGUUAAAAAAAGGUAGAGAUCUCUUAUGCAACUAAAACAGUGAUUUGGAGUUCCCUCCUUCAUUUUGUAGCUUACAGUAAGGGGUUGUUACUUGUUGGCUCAUUACCAUUGAAUAAAAUUAAGAGUUAAGCUGUUUCCUAAGUUGGUUUGGGGGCUUGUUUUUUUUAAAGGAAAUGUCCACAGGUGAAGAAAGGUAGCAAUUUCAAGUAAAAUGUUAUUUUCAAACUUUUAACACAGUAGUUAUGCAAUUUUUAAGGAGAAACUUUAAAAAAAAAAAACCCAGAGAGACUCUGGUACAGCAAAGAAAAAAAAAUUGAAUUAGUAUGAAUAAAGAAAAUGAAGUGACAUAUUCCUUCCUUCUGUGUUCUGUAUAUACACAUUUUAAUACAGAACAUCCAUUACCUGCCAUUUAGAGGUGUAAAACACCUGUGUUUAAGUGAAGGUGGACCACUGCAUAAGGAGUAGUUGUCCAUAUUGUACAUAGGUGUAUUUACACUCGAAAUACUCUGUAUUGCUUGGAAUGAUGUUACAGCACACAAGAUUGACAAGGCAGACAUAUUCAUUAGAGAUGAAGACAGUUUUAGCUUCUGAAUGCAUUGGCAAGGUGGCUAUGGAAAAUAAAAUCUGCGCAGUUCAAAACCAAGUCAGCAGCAUUUUGAAUUUUUUU